AUGAAUACCACGCCAGUUGUCAGAUCGAACGGCUCUGUGACCCCUCCUUCUAGUUCUGAGUUACCGGAGGACUUGCUGCAGCUGCUACAAUAUAUACUUAUUUUAGGCGUGGCGCUUCCCAGCUCCUUCAUCGGGUGUGUAACGAACGUCCUCAACAUCAUCGUCAUCGCGAGAAUGGACUGGAAGCAAACAAUUAACAUCAGUCUCUUCGCUCUGGCCGUUUCCGAUCUGGUUGGGCUGUUGGGUCUAAUCUGGUUCUGCAUCUGCUUCUCUCCGUGGCUGCAGCAAGCCGAGAACUUGUCCUUUAUCCCGCGAGAAAUUGGCAUAGCUACUGGCAGCUGGGUCCACCUCGUCUUCGCCAGGAUCACGGGAUACCUGACGUUCCUGAUCUCCGCCGAGCGAUGUCUGUGCAUCCUGUUCCCAAUGAAGAUCAAGACGAUGAUAACACCUCGGAGAAUCAAAGCCAUCGUCGUCGGUAUUUUCAUCUGGGGGAUCGGUAUCCAGUACCUGAGUAUUCUCACCUACGAAAUCGGUUGGAAAUUUUCUGAAGAAAAGAAUAAAACUUUGCUCGGAGUCUUGUACAGAGAAAUCGGAAUCGAUAUCGAGCUACCGGUGGUGAUGACGAAUAACGUAAUGAGUCAGUACGUGACAUUCGUGGGGGUCGUGGCUUUCACGGCGAUUCUCGCCAACAGGCUGAAGAGGCAGUCAAAAUGGCGUCAGUCCUCUAGCCAGACGGCUGCCUCGGAAGUCUCCACCAAGCGCGACAUGAGAAUUGUGAAGACGGUGUCUGUGAUUUCUGCCGUCUACAUCGUCUGCUACUUCCCCAACACCAUCAGCUUCUCUUGUCUGCUCAUUGUCCCUGGUUAUGGUCUGUACGGACGGUACGGAAUGUUGUUAGAUUUUGUCACCGUCUGCGCCUAUGUUCUGGAGGUCUUCAACUCAUCCAUUAACACCUUUUUAUACUGGACUUUUAUGGUCCAGUACAGAAGCGAACUCAGACGUCUGUUAAAGUACUGUAGGCCUUCAAGUACUCAGCCCAGCUCACAGUGA